AUGCAAUCCGUGGCUAUCCCUUUCGCGCUACUCUUCGCGCUAGUGAGCGCGUCGGGAUCGCUGGAUCCAGUCAAUCCAAUCCUCCAGGAGUAUCAAGACGUUGGAGAAUGCUUCAAGGUUCCGGAAACGUAUUACAUGAUAUAUACCAACACGAAGCACCCGUUCAUCCUGCCAUGCACUCAUAACCGACAACUUUGCGUCGGAAAGAAUGGCGAGACACCGUACGAAUUACGUUCCCUGAAAGAUGGCAAAUUAGUACGGAGAGUAGUAACGUUCCGUGCAGAAAAAUCACCAUGCUACAAUGUACCGAACAUCCAACGGGCCCCAAAGAAUGACGGUGCCCAGCUACCAGCUUAUGACUUCAUGAUUGCAUAUGCUGACUGUGGCAACUGCGUCGUCGCGAAGUUACCUACAAUUAGCCCGGACGCCUGUGCAAUGUUCGUGACUAACCCGGACGUCCCUCCGAGUCGCUGCUGUCUCUUUACAUAUGCGCUCCUGUGUGGAAGCACCAAGAUCCCAAGCUACGAAAAGGACAAAUGCGCCAAUGUGUAA